AUGAACAGAUAAAGUAAUAUUAAAUCAGAAUUAGAUCAACUGACAAAACAUCAUACAUCUCUUGAUAAAUCGAAAGAAAGGAAUCAUACUCCGAAAGUUAAAUGUUGUUCAAAUAAAUAUUUAUUGAAUUCUUCAACAAAACAAAACCUGAACAGAUCCUACAAUAGCAACUAAAAAGCCCACUCCAAAUUGUAGUCUAAAGCAACCUCUGACAUCAAAUAGAAAUUAUUAGAUGAAAUUCUUAGAGGAUCUCAUUCAUAAUUCUCGCAAAGCUAUCUAACAAGUAUCAUCCAAGAUAAAAUUGUUAACAAACCCUAAAAAUAUCAUACCUCUGAUGAUACAUCAAGUUUUACAUUACCGGACAAAGAAUUUAAUAUUAAAGCACCCUUUCUCUAAAUUGACAUCUUUACUGCCGAAGAAUGCAAGAAGCAAUAGGACUCGAUUACACUCACUAAAUUUUAAGAACUCUUGGAAUAACUUGAAUUAAAGGAAGCAGAAUUGAAAGUCAAUGUGUUUUCUAAUCUCAAAGCCUUGUUUUUAAUAUUGGCUAAAUAAAUUUAAUAGAAACUAACCUCUUAGAUGAAUGAAAUUGUCAAAUUGCAAAACUGUAACUCUGAAUUGCAACAAUAGCAAAAAAUCCUCUAGGAUCGAAUCUAAGAAUAGAAGCAAAUUACUAUCAAAACCGAAGAGACCCUAAACUCUCUUCUCUUUACACUUCGAUACACGAAUCUAAAUAAUCCCUAAAUAAUGGAACAACACGGUGAUUAAGCUGAAACCUAAAAACAUCAAUCAGAUAUCAAGAACUUUGAAGAAAAUAUAUCCAUUAUGUCAGAAGAAUCAGCCCCAUUCGGAAAAUUUUAUAAUUACUAUAUUAAAAAGUAAUAGGAUCCAUAAAAAAAGGGAGCAUUGGGUUUGACUCUAAAUUUGAACUCCUUAAAAAAUCCAUAAACAGCUCCAAUAGGAUAUCAAGAGGAAUUUAUGGCUAAUCUAAACGAAUUUAGUGAAAGCUGGAGACAAUAGGCAAUUAAAGAACAGAGAUUUUGA